AUGUGCUGGAACGUCAUCACGACUCUACUGUGCGCGUCCGUUCUGGCUGCAACGGCUACGCCGUCGUAUCCGGAGAACACUCUCCGCGCGAGAGACGCUGCUGUAGAUAAUAUUGUCUAUGUUACGGAUGCCAGCAAAUACUGUAUGAUUAUGCCUCGCGAUCCCCACACGAAUAUCGGAGACUCUGAACACCCAGGAGGAAUGAAAACCUAUUGCUCUCCUGCCGGUCGCAACUCAAGCCAGCAAGGGCAGCUUCCCGCCGACUUCUGGAGCAACGUCGAGUUCAAGAGUGGCAAGGGGAAGAACGGCGGCCGUUUCGCGCAGCCGAAAGUAACUGGCUGCAUUCGACCAAGCCAUCUCAGUCGUCUGAACCCGAACGACGCCGGAGGGCAGUACGACUCCAGCGGCGGGGCUGGCGGCAAGGGCAAUCCGCAAGGCAGCCAGUGCUUAGGAUACAAACAUUACGUCGAAAUUGUCGAGCCGGCCGGACCCCGUGCAUGCAUCAAGUGCUGCGACGACCCUGCGGAUUGCCCGACGAACAAGGAUACGCAGGGCUGCCCGAACGUCAUCGAGGGCAACUAUUUUGACUGCGCAUGA